AGAAAUAGGCAACCAAUGAAAAAAUCGAGUGUUCCUAAAGUCACGGUUCUUUUUAAUCUCUCAUGAAAACUAACCUCAGUGUCACUGUAAACUGUGAAGAGAUUAAAGUCUCUGUAAAGUGAUCGUUGAACGACAAAUUAUUUUACAAGACUUAAAAAAAAAUGCCAGAAUUAACUGAAUUGGACAAGGCUGCGACGUCUGAGCCUACCAAAGUGGAGGCUGCAGCAGCUGGAUCAGGAAGUGAUUCAGAUUCAGAUGACACUAUUCCUGAAUUGGAAGACGCCGCGACAGAAGAUGCUGUCGGCUUUCCAAGACCCACUGUCACUGGACUUCCCAUUGACAUUGUGUCGAAGGCGAAACAAAGCCGAGGCGAGAAAAAGGCCCGAAAACUCAUGAGUAAAUUGGGAUUGAAACCAGUGCAAGGCGUUAACAGAGUGACAAUUCGCAAGUCCAAAAAUAUUCUCUUCGUUAUCAACAAACCAGACGUCCUUAAAAACCCAGCUUCGGACACUUAUAUCGUUUUCGGCGAAGCCAAAAUUGAAGAUCUUAGCCAGCAAGCCCAGGUGGCGGCAGCUGAGAAGUUCAAGGAACCGCCAGUUAUCACAGCAACUGAAGCAGGUGGCAGUACGACGGUUGUGGCACCAAUUCAAGAAGAGUCAGAGGAAGAGGUUGAUGAAGCGGGCGUCGAAGAAAAGGAUAUUGACCUAGUAAUGAGUCAAGCGAAUGUCUCGCGAGGGAAAGCGAUCAGAGCUCUCAAGAAUAACCAAAAUGAUAUUGUCAACGCCAUAAUGGAGCUGACGAUGUGAUGAAACAAUUUUGAAGCAUAAUAGGCUACGGUACAUUAUAAUUCACAAUGAGGCCAUUCUUUUAUUUGUGUAUCAACUAAUCACUUUCUCUCUCUCUCUCUCUCUUUCUUUCUUUCUCGCGCUCUUUCCCUUUCCCCCUUGUUUCAAUCCCCUUAUCCAUUAUUAACUUCCUUGACGAAGUAAAUUCAACAUUCAACAAUUUUUGGUCUCGAAUGAAGAAGAAAAAUUCAUGUAUAUACACAAAUUCAGUAAAAAAAAAUAAACUUUUAAUUUGUCUUCAAAUCGUGCAAAAAAUGAGGCAUUUUUUUUGUAGCAAGUAAAAUAAUGAAACUUGUAAAAAAAAUGACUGUUCUUUGAUUUUUAAUAUUUGGAAAAUAUUUCGAAUUCAUGAAUUUAGGAAAUAUUGUAUAACCUACAGUGGAUAAUGUGAGAUUUUACGUUUUCGAAAUUUAUGACUAGUUCGGAGUUUGUAAUACAGAUGACAGCAAGGUUCUGUUUUCAAGCAGUCAAAAUUAAUUUAUGCAAUAAAAAUUAUUAAUUUCUGAAAAA